GCAGUCUCUCUUAAAAAUCCCUUUCUAAUAACAAUCUCUUCUAUGUUUCUACUUCUUACCACAGCUUCUGCUCAGUUACCAAACAACACCGCUACCGCAGACUCGCCGCAAUCUUGCAACACGUACAUCACGUAUCGCGUAAAACCACCCUACUCGAAUCUCGGAGCGAUAUCCGAUCUUUUCGGAAUAAGCCGAUUGGAUAUAUCAACAGCCACUAAUCUGGCAUCGGAAGAUGCCCGUUUGAUUCCCGAUCAGAUUCUUCUGAUACCGAUCAAGUGCACUUCGAACGGGACCCACUAUUUCUCCAACGUCACGUACCGGAUCAAGAAAGAAGACAGCUUCUACUCUGUUUCGACGAGGCCUUUUCAGAACCUGACGAAUUUUAUUACGGUCGAAGAAACGAACCCCACGAUGAAUCCGAACAAUUUGACUAUCGGGGUCGAAGCGGUCUUUCCUUUACUCUGCAAAUGCCCGAGAAAAUCGUACUCGGAAAGUGGAAUAAGGUACCUUAUUACAUAUGUAUGGCAGCCAAGUGAUGACUUACUCUCUGUGAGUACUAUGUUUCAGUCCGAGGUUUCGGAUAUUGUAACGGAGAACAAUAACCGAAAUUUCACCGCUUCGAUUUGCCUUCCGGUUUUCAUACCCGUGAAAUCUCCGUUUCUUCUCCAAGUUUUUCAUUCUUCACCUUCGAAUAACAAACACAAACACCGCCUUAUUUUCUUGAUAGCGAUUUCAAGUGGUUUUGCAGCUCUUUUUCUUGGUUUUGUAGGCUUAGGGGUGUACUUCUACCUAUUGUACAAGAAAAAGAAAACAUUUUUACCUCAAACGAGUUCCGAUUCGGAUAUAAUUCGACCUGAUAAAAACUCGACUUUUGGACCAAAAAUCACUCAAGGUAAGCUACUUCCUGGACUAUCAGGCUAUCUUGACAAAACCAUCCUUUACGAUUUUCAUGUGAUUAUGAAGUCAACUACGAAUUUCGCCGAACGGAAUAGAAUCGGAGGGUUGGUUUAUAAAGCCAUAAUCGAAGAUCAAGUUUUCGCUGUAAAGAAAACGAGAGAUUCUUCAACGGAGGAGCUACAAAUACUGCAGAGAGUAAACCACGCGAAUCUAGUGAAGCUAAUGGGAGUUUCCUCCGAUAAAGACGGAAACUUUUUCGUGGUCAACGAAUACGUCGAGAAUGGAUCGCUCGAUAAAUGGCUGUUCUCAACCGUUGGAUCGCUUAGCUGGACCCAACGGUUGAUCAUAGCCCUCGAUGUAGCCAAUGGUUUGCAAUACAUGCACGAGCACACCCAACCGAGCAUUGUGCAUAAAGAUAUCCGAACUAGCAACGUACUUCUCGAUUCGAAUUUUCGGGCCAAGAUUUCGAACUUCUCUGCAGCGAGAUCGGUUUCUUGCUCUGUCAUGCUCAAUAUUGACGUCUUUUCUUUCGGGGUUCUUGUUUUGGAGUUGCUUUCCGGGAAAAAUGUUAUGGAAACAACAACAAGAGAUGGUGAAAGUUUGAUGUUGUGGAAAGAAGUGAAGGGUAUUUUGGACGGUGGAGAUUUAAUUAGGCGGGAGAGAUUAACGGAGUGGAUGGAUCCAAAUUUGGAAAGAUCUUCGUACUCGAUUGAUGAUGCUUUGAGCUUGGCUUUCUUGGCGAGGGCUUGUACGGCGGAGAAGGCGGCCGAGAGGCCGAAAAUGGCGGAGAUUGUCUUUAAUUUGUGUGUGCUCGCACAGUCGUCGUCUCCGAUGUCGGAAAAUUCGUCGGUUUCGAAAUUUGAGCCGGACGAAGUUUCACCUGUUAUUAAUUCAGUUAUUGCUCGUUAG